AUGGUUGUUGUGCAGUUGAAGAUAAAUGAGAAUCCCAUGGUUUUGGAUGAUCGUGGAAGAGACUAUGAACAUUCGAAUCUCGAGUUUUCUCAACACUUAGCUGGUGGGGUAACAGAGCCUACAUUAGAUGUGGAGUUUACUUCGGAGGAUGAUGCUAGGAAUUUUUACAAUGAGACCAGUGAUCAGGAGCAAUCACAACAGUCGGCCAGUUCGCCCUCAGGAUUCCCGUCCUGCUCAGCAGCCACCGCAGGCUAUAGAUCAACGACGAGGAGGCUAAGGGUGGAUGAGAGCGAGAACUUGACCCUCGAGGCAGUGAGGAACUCUUUAAUUCUACAAGAGGACAGCAUAAUAUUUAGCCUUCUAGAGAGAGCACAAUAUUGUCAUAAUGAGAAUACAUAUGACCCUGAUGCCUUUUCAUUGGAGGGGUUCCAUGGCUCUUUGGUGGAGUACCUGCUUCGAGAAACCGAAAUGCUUCAUGCCCAAGUUGGCAGAUACAUGAGCCCAGACAAGCAUCCAUUCUUCCCAUACGAAUUACCGGACCCCUUGUUGCCACCUUUGAAAUACCCUCAGGUAAUAAAUCCCAUUGCUGAUACAAUCAAUAUAAAUCCGAAAGUGUGGCAAAUGUACUUCACAAAUAUUAUUCCGAGAUUAGCAAAGGAAGGAGAUGACGGCAAUUGUGGAUCUACCGCCGUUUGUGACACCAUGUGUUUGCAGGCUCUUUCGAAGAGAAUUCAUUACGGAAAAUUCGUAGCAGAAUGUAAAUUCCGGACAUCUCCCGAUGCUUAUCAAGCUGCCAUUAGAGAACAGGACAGGGAUUUGCUGAUGAAGUUGCUGACAUCCCCCUUGGUCGAAGAAUCGAUAAAGAAAAGAGUAGAAAUGAAAACUAGAACAUACGGACAAGUAGUGCAGGGUGAUAUACGCAAAAACGACCUCGACCCGGUAUACAAAAUAAACCCGAGCUUGGUAGCCGACUUAUACGGCGACUGGAUCAUGCCAUUGAUGAAGGAAGUCCAAGUCGAGUACCUGAUGAGAAGGUUAAACUGAUCGGAAGGUA